CGCUCCUCGCUGCACAACAUGGAGGCCGAGGGCGGGGUACUAGUCUUAUGUUCUCGGGGCAAGACUUAAAACUCCAAAGGGUCGAGUUCGAUAGUAUUAUUUCUGCAUAAACAAGCAGCAUAUCUUGGAAUUAAGAAUAUCAAAAUUCAUUUAUGUAUAUAUUCUGUUUGAUCACAGGAUAUAUAAGUUUUGCUUUCAUCAACCUACUUUUUGAAAAGCCUUUUACCUUUAUUACCCCCUUCUACAAAAUUAUGGACUGUUCCCCAACAAAAAUGGGAGGGAUUUCCGUUUAUUUCUGAAAUAAUAACAACAAAAAUGGCGACGUCAACAUAUUGACACUGACAGGCCGUGCUAGAUAUCGCCAUGGCCGACGGGUCUGCUGAAGAACUUUUAGAUAUUGCAAGCAUUGAAAGUCCACGGAGAAUGAAUCCUUUUGACAUCGAAAUUGAAACGGUCAAGGGAAGCCACCCGACACGGCCCGGCUUGAAACGUGCUGGAAGCGAUCCCUCAGCUGCCCAGAGAACUGUUAUCGGUCAUUCGCAAUCUGAUCGUCUCGAUUGUGUCACCACGACCCGCCCCCGCGAUGUGUCGUCACAUUCAAGUAAAGAAAGGGUCCGAGCAAGAACACGGACACUUCACGCGCACAGAUUGCAGCCGCUAUAUGUGCGUGCAACAGGUGAAUCUCACUACGGAAGUGGAGUAUUACGUGUCGUCGACAUGACCCAAGACCCUGAUACCUUGAGUCCCAGGACCCGACCCUCACCGGAGUCCGGUUCCUCACCGGACCCCAGGGUUCACCAGGGUUCACAUGUCUCAGCUCAUGUCGGUGGUGCAGUCCAUGGACGACGGCCUCCACCACAAGAACAUCAAGAUGUCGCGGCGCCUUCCCAGCUGGAUGUGGUACCUCCUAGCGCGGUCACUCGGCAUCAAACUAAACCCUGAAGACAAACCAAUAUUUGCUACACUGUUACACAUCAUCACCCUCACAGCUGCUGUGACGUUUGGAAUUACUGGUGCUUGGUAUAACGUGUGUGAUAUACUCAGUGAGUAUUCCAAGACAACAGUUCUUAUUGGCACGGUAACCAUGAUGAUUGGGUUUGGGUGGAUCCUGCUGGGGGUUUAUGCUCACAAACUGGCUGGGAAGCUGUUCAGUAAUAAAAACUUUGCAGAGAGUGUCCGCAUGCAUUCAAAGACCUUCUUGAAGAUCAGCACUGCUGGUCUGAUGUCCCUCCUUGGAUUGGGGCUUGUGGGGAUCAACUCGUACGAUGGUUUUGACUUGUACCUCAGCUCUACCUGUACCAAGAUACAGCUGCAGCCCAUCGUGUGCCACAUCCAGUAUGUGUCAAAGACAUUCUACGCGUUGCUCUGUGUCCUGUGGACUCUUCUAGUGGGCUUUGUCAUGCUGUCUGUUUGUCGAACACAUACUAUAGGUGUUCGUCGGUUUAUGCGUGAAAUGACCAUGGAUGCCAAGAGGUAUGAAGCCUUCUGGAUGGAGCAGGUGUUGGGGCAGGUCACCCCGAAACAGAAGGAAGAGCAGUCAGUGGAGGAAGAGUGGUUCAUCUGGGAUGAUCUUGCCAUGAGCAGUGACGUAGACAACAACGUGGUCACAUCCCAAGGGGUGUUUCUCGAAUCAAUUCGUGGACAAACAUUUUCUUCCCUGAGAUCUCGUGGUAGCCGUUCCCGGACCCGGUCUGAACCUGUUGCUGACAACCCAAACACGCUGAGAGAGAAUGACGUCAGAUCUAGGGAGGGGGCUUACAGUGAGAAGGACGAAUCAGAAGAGAACAAGGAUGAGUCAUGUGACAUCCUGGCAGUGCCUCCUAUCAUGUCCAACGACAUUCUGCUGUUCUCGUACUGGAAGAUGUCUAGACGUCUGGUGGUGACAUCUCGGUUCCUGCAGCGGUGGUUGUCCAGCUGGAUUGCGUUUAUCUUCAUCUGGUGCGCCGACUACAUCAUAUUCUGGGCGAACCACAGUGCCACACUAACCGGUAUCCUGCAGUUCGUCUUCCCCCUCCUUGUCCUACUGCUCGUCUGUUCCGCCUACGCAGAGGUCAACGCUGAAGGACAGAGGCUGAUCAAGUGUAUCUGCCCCACUGAAGGGAGGCUGCACCUCUUGAAGUUCUUCGUCCAGCAGCCGUUACAGAUGCAGGUAGGUGCACAGACAACUAAUCUUCCCAUCACAUACAACGCCAUCUUAGGUGUCAUCCUGGCAUUCUCUGUCGCCAUCGCAUCUCGGAUCGUCCUAGACGAAGUCUUGUAAACUGCAGGAUGCCAUUCAACGCUCAAAGUCACAGCAUGCAGAAGGUUUUUUGUUUCAAACUGC